AUGCCAAUCCGUUACCCACAACAACCUCCACAACAAAACGUUUACUACGCUCAACCUCCAAUGCAAUUUCAACAACAACCUGUAUAUGUACAACAGGCUCCUCCUCCAAAAGAUAAUGGUGGUUGUUGCAAAUCGUUCUGUAAGAUUCUAAUAUGCCUAGCUAUUUGCGAUGCGUUGACUUAA